CUCCCCACGGCGACAAGUAAAAAAACCCCCAACCAAUCUCCUUCGUCUAAUCCUCUUUCACCUCUUUCUCUCACUAGGAGAGCUCCCCAAUUCUAGAGAGAGAAAGCGCAGCUUCCCCCAUCCCUCCAAUCGGGUAUGAAGAACUCCAAUCAUCCACCUACCUAGCUAGUAGCUACACCCAUCCGCUCAAAUUUUCUCGGCAUCCAAACAAGCAGAGGAAAACAGCUAGAAGCUUUUCCUAUUCUUCGUGGCCUCCGUCGAGAAAACAAUGUCCAACUUGGUGUUGAAAAUCCCGGCGGCGCAAAUUCCUACCACCGCGCCAAACCAUUCCUCGGCCGCAAAGUCCCUGCCGCAUCCUCGGCUGUUCUUCACCCUGCAGCCGCAGGUCAUCGGUGGAAGGCGGGUGCCGAGUCUAUCCAUUUCGUGCUCCUGUUCUUCUUCUUCGGCGUCGUCGUCUUCGAUAAUUGACGGCGGGGGCGAUGUGGCGCUGCUGGAACGGUGCUUUGUGGCCCCGACUGCGCCCGUGGAGAAGGGUUUGGGUUCGAGCUCGGGAGGGGAGUUCGGCCCGGUUAUGAAGGGGAAGGGUUUUGGUUCUCUUGGUGCUGUUACUCUGGAGAAGGGGAAGCUCGAUCUAACCCAGAAGCAAUCCCAGUCUACUCCUGAGGUUGCACUUGGGGGAGGUGGUGGGGAUAUUGGGAAAAAAAUCAAUCACGGUGGUGGAGACGGAGGUGAUGAUGAUGGUGAUGAUGAUGACUACUUCGAUGACUUUGAUGAUGGUGAUGAGGGUGAUGAAGGUGGGCUCUUCCGAAGGAGGAAAAUCUUUGAAGAGCUUUUUGAUAAAAAGUUUGUAGAUGCUGUGUUGAAUGAGUGGCAGAAAACCAUGAUGGAUUUGCCUGCUGGUUUCCGACAAGCUUAUGAAAUGGGCUUGGUGAGCUCAGCUCAAAUGGUAAAAUUCCUUGCUAUAAAUGCCAGACCAACCACUACAAGAUUCAUUUCUAGAUCACUUCCUCAAGCAGUUUCACGGGCCUUUAUUGGAAGGAUGCUUGCAGAUCCUGCCUUCAUUUACAAGCUUCUCUUAGAGCAGUUUGCAACACUUGGUUGCUCUGUGUGGUGGGAGUUCAAGAAUCGUGGAGAUAGGAUAAAGCAAGAGUGGGACUUGGCCCUUGUAAAUGUAUUGACUGUGACAGCAUGCAAUGCUUUCAUGGUUUGGUCGCUUGCUCCUUGUCGUUCAUAUGGAAACACAUUCCAGUUCGAUCUACAGAACACACUACAGAAGCUUCCAAACAACAUAUUUGAGAAGAGCUAUCCACUCAGAGAAUUCGACUUGCAGAAGAGAAUCCACUCAUUCUUCUUCAAGGCUGCAGAAUUAUCCUUGGUGGGUUUAGCAGCGGGAGCAGUUCAAGGUUCAUUGUCAAAUGUUCUAGCCUCUAAGAAAAAGGACAGGGUGUCGGUGACAGUCCCGCCUGUGAGUACCUAUGCUCUGGGUUAUGGUGCUUUUCUCGGGCUUUAUGGAAAUGUUAGAUACCAGCUGUUAUGCGGAUUUGAUAGAGCAGUGGUCAACCACUUUGAUGUCAUUGGAGUGGCCCUGUUUCUGGGCACAGCUCUAAGAAUAAUGAAUGACCAAGCCGGGGAAGUGUCAAGGCUAGCCUGGCUAGGAGUGGAGGUAGACCCUCUUGCUCAGUCGGAGAACCUUCUGAAGGCGUACAACAGGCCGACAACGCCAGAGGACCUUGAUGCAGCAUCCUCCUCCUCAAAGUGGUUCAUCUCAAAAAAUGCCUUAGUUUCAGGGCUCGGCCUGCUCGGCAUCAAACAAGGAAAUGCAGAGUCUGGUGGCACCGAGACAGCAGCUAAGCCCCGCAGGAAGAGAGUAGUCCGGAAAAAGGUUCCUGCUGGCUCGGCAUAAGUGAGAGUAAAGCUGUUGAUCAUCUUCAUAUCCAAUUUUUGCCUCCUGUUAGCCGCAACUUGAAGCUGCCAUGGAGCGAGUCAUGAGUGUAGGAUUCUCAAUGGGGGAAGUAAGUAAUAGAAUUUGGUGUAGGGAUAUUGGCAUUGUUUUUCUGGUAUUGUUCAACAUUUCUUAUUCUGAAAUAGAAUUUGGGCCGUUGUUUACUUUGGAAGGCCCAUUGGGUCAGGGCCCACCGGUAUAAGACGACGACGUACCGUAUGCCAACCACCAGUUGCAUAAAGAAAGAAUCAACGGUCUUCUUCACUCCCCAUCCCACUUAUCCUUCGUCUGGUAAAGUCAGAAAAAAUUCCCAUCCCCAAUCCUCUCCAGCCGCCGUCGCCGCUCGCCGGCGAAUCAUUCCGGCGAACCCAAUGGCUCCGCAACCGCUGUCUCAGAUCCUCCCCACUCUCAAUUACUGGCUCGUCGACCAUCCCCAAAUCCACAAUUUCACUUGGUCUCCCGGUCAAACCUUCGCCUCGACUCCCCAAUUCGUCGCCGCCGCCGUCCUCACCUACCUCUUCCUCACCCUCCUCCUCCGCCGCCUCCCCCUCCCUCUCCUCCCUCCUCCGCUCCUCAAACCCCUAACCGCCGCCCACAGCCUCGUCCUCUUCCUCCUCUCCGCCGUCAUGUCCGCCGGCACCAUCCUCUCCAUCUUCUCCCCCAAUUCCCCUCCCCCACGCCUCCGCCGCGCCGUCUGCUUCCCUCCAAACACCGCCCCGUCCGGCCCGCUCUUCUUCUGGGCCCAAAUCUUCUACCUCUCCAAAUACCUAGAAUUCGGGGACACGCUCCUCAUCAUCCUCAGCAAGUCGAACCAACGGCUCACGUUCCUCCACGUGUACCACCACGCCACCGUCGUCGUCAUGUGCUACCUCUGGCUCAGCACGGCCCAGUCCCUGUUCCCGGUGGCGCUCGUGACCAACGCGACGGUGCACGUGGUCAUGUACUGGUACUACUUCUGCACCGCCUUGGGGUCCCGCCCCCGGUGGAAGAGGCUGGUGACGGAUUUCCAGAUCGUGCAGUUCGUCUUCAGCUUCUGCAUCUCCGGGCUGAUGCUGUACUACCACUUCGCCGCCGGCGGGUGCUCCGGGAUGUGGGGGUGGUGCUUCAAUGCCGUUUUCAAUGCCUCGCUUCUGGCGCUUUUCGUUGAUUUCCAUGGGAAGAGCUACGCUGCCGCCGCGAAGAAGAGGAAGGCCGCCGCGGCGGAGAAGAUUGGUUCCGGCGGCGGCGGUGGCGAUAAAGUAUUGGAUAAGAGCCAAUGAUUUUUUUGGAUUUUUUUUCGUUCUUAAUUAAGUGUGUAUUAUUGUUGUCUGUUUUAGGUUGGGUAAGCAAUUUUCCGAUUAGGAAAUAGCGGGUUUCCAUAAUUGAAAGGUUGAUGAGCAAUACAAAAUUUGAGGGGGAAUAAAUAGGAUUAUGAUGUGAUUUUGUGCUUCAGUCUUUAUUUAUCAAUAUUUUU